AUGGCACAAUACUUCGAGACCAAAUGGAACAGUGAAAUAAUUGCUCUCCCUCAUCGAAUCCCUGCCAGCCAAGCCGUCUCCGCUCACGCUGCUUGCCCCUCGUCCUCUCCAAGCCUCCCGAAAGCCACAGCCCCACCAGCCCUCUCACCGGCCGACCCGCCGCCAAUCCCAGAAGGAAACUGUCUACCGCCGGGCACCGCCCUUGGAGGUCAGCUUCGCCAACCAGCAAGUAGAAAAGAGGCGGACCCGCCUCCUGAAUUUAUCCAAUCCGCUGGGGCUCCAGGGACAACAAAACAGUAUACAGCACACCUACGUGGCUUUGUCAAAAAGAAUCAUGCCGCAGGCUCCUGUGCACUUCAGCUGAGCGUCUCAGGCUGGGAGCCUGAGGUCGGGGGACCGGUCUGUUUACAUCGAAUUCUCGCGACAGCUAGUUCGAAGCUCAAAGCACGUGGACAUGGCAGCUGGCAAUCACUUUCUGCUGGCCACUCACCCAUUCCGAACCCGCCUCCUGCCCCGCCCUUUUCGAUGUGUUUAUCUUCCGGGAGCCUAGGCCGGCUUGCAAGGUGGGCAGCUCUAGAGCCAAGGAGGUAUUGAUCUAAAUGAGGGGUGUGGCCGGUGAUCCUGUGAAUUUG